AGAUACGUGUGCCAUCUGAAUUGUGACCAAAGUAGCUAGAUUUUUCCAGGCCAUCUGGAAGGAGCUACGUAAACAGCAAGAGUCCUCAUUGAAAUGAAUGGCCCCAAAUGGCUGGCAAGGAAUCCAAGGAGUUGUUGAUUCACUGCAUGUUCCCAAAAAGAGUCCCCUCUGUCAGCUACCGUGUGGCAUAAAUGGGCGUAGUGAGGGGAAAACCUCUGCCACCAGUAUGAAUGUAUUCCAUGGGAGUGAGAUGACUCUCUGGCAAAUUGCUGACAUCUGCUUCCCUUCAAUCUCUUUGUUUAUAGAGCUCAAAGUAGUAGCUUGUGAAGAUGUCGGAUGAGGAACCUGAGGAUGAAAAUGAUGUUGAGGAACAGAAGGAAGAUGCUGAAGACAAAGGGGACGAUGAAGUGGAAGGAGAGGAGGAGAAGGAAGCUGGGGAGGAGGAGGAAGAAGAGCCUCAGGUCACUAAUUUGCUGUCUGAGGACAUCAUGAAGGAAGGUCUAUCACUUUUAUGUAAAACUGGCAAUGGCCUAGCUCAUGCAUUUGUGAAAUUUGAGGCAAAGGAAAAGGAACUGACAGACAUUACCUUGAUUCAAAGUUUCAUCCACUUACGCUAUGUAGACUUGUCAGACAACCUGAUCCGAGACCUCUCUUCACUAUCAAGUCUUACACAUUUAUUGUGGCUGAAAGUGGAUGGCAAUCGGCUGACCAGUGCUAGCAUGGACGAGCUACCAUAUCUGCAGAUUGCCAGCUUUGCCAACAAUCAUAUCAAAGACACCAAUGGCAUUAACCAUCCACGCCUGACCAGCCUCAACCUGAAAGGUAAUGAGAUUGAAGUAAUAUCCGGACUGGAUCCAGACAAGUUGUCAAAUCUCCACACAUUAGAGUUGCGGGGUAACAACCUAAAAUCUACAGCUGGACUCUACCUCCCCAAACUCAAAAAUCUAUACCUGGCACAGAAUGCUAUUACGCAUCUAGAGGGUCUGGAAGACUUGGAGCAACUCACAAUCCUUCAUUUACGAGACAAUCAGCUUGAAAGUCUGGAUGGCUUCUCAGAGACAAUGAAAUCUCUUCAGUACCUCAAUAUACGGGGGAAUGCAAUUGGGCAAAUCCAGGAACUGUCCAAAUUGCAAGUGCUGCCCAUGUUACGAGCCUUGGUCUUGCUAGACAAUCCAUGCACUGAAGAGGGAGACUACCGUGUAGAAACCCUGGUCCUGCUUCCACGCCUUGAACGCCUUGAUAAGGAUUUCUUUGAAGAGGAAGAACGGGCUGAUGCGGAAGAUUUACGUCAGCGGCGAAAGGAAGAAGAAUUGGAGUUAGAGAGAGAAAGAGAGAGAGAAAAGGAGCUAGAAGAAAUAGAGGACUCUUCAGCCCAGGAGGACAUCCCAGUGGAGUGACAAGUGGGUGUCUGUCACACUCCUCAGGGCAGAGCGGGAGCUGUGGGCUGCCUUCCAGAGCCUUCGUCGCUGUGUUGUGCAACAUUGGUCCAGACAACUCUACAUUCCUGGUAUGCCUUGUUAUCGGAAGGCUGCUGCUGCUGUUGCGGAGAGCUAGAGGAGCCUGUGGGGUGGCAAACCAAGAAGGGCUGUCAGUCUCUGUGCUUUGAAUGGGUUCUGAUGUGGUGCCUGUGAAUAAAAGGAAAAAAAAAGUCUGAUCAAGCAGAACGGAGCGGUGUUGUUUUUGGCAUCCCGUUCCCGCAGUCCCGUCCACCCCUCCCUUCCCCAUCUCUCUCCAUCCUCUACGUGCUGUUUGCA